AUGGCUAAUUUCACAAGUACCGUACUAGAAACAUCUGCUAUCAUUAGCAAAUACCAGUACUCCAUAACAAUGUUGUUCAUCUCGAGUUGCAUCAUUGUCCUGGCCACGUAUUCCAUGACGGGCAACAUCUUAAGUAUCAAGACCUUCAUUCUCAUGGGGCUGGACGACGGAAUGACCAUCACAUUUUUUGUGCUGUCCUUAACAGAACUCAUAUUCUGCAUUUUCGCCAUGGCGAUGUCCGUUGGUUUUUUAUUCCACUGCUUCGAGCUGCUACAUCCGUUGGUCACCUUCAGCGUUGACCCUUACGGUCUCCUGAUAUAUUUCGGCAAUAUCUGCGUCAUGGUCCACAUGAGCAUACAGGUCAUUACAACCUUCCUGGCCGUAGCCCGCUGCAUGUGUGUGGUCAAGCCGAUUCACUUCAAGAACGCUUUCACCAUAAGAAGGUGCGUAGCUCUCUUGGUCUUCGUCUGGGCGUUUUCGUUGGCCAGCUACUUGCCACUGUUUGCCAGCAUGGCUAUUUUUACCCAGCAUGACCCAAAAAUAAAUGUUACUCGCCCGGCACUUUGGCUUUCUCCAAACAGGCAACUAGUAAAAGACAUCAUCUGGACCAUCGCGGACACAACGAUUCCUUUCUGUACAGAGAUCAUUGUCAUCAUCUGUUUGAUGAUAAUGGCAGACGGCUUAAGACGUGCUGCUAACUUUAGGAUGUCUUCAAGCAAUGUUUCCAAACCUUUAGAUCUCAGAGCUUCUCAGAAACUAAGCGGCAAGGAACUCCUCAUCAUAAAACAAGUUGCUUUAAUCUCUGGUUUCUACUUACUGACCAACACGCCGAAAGUAGCCUCUAACAUAUUCGUUCUUGCGGAACCACAGUUCACACUUGGUGGUCAGUACAACGAUCUGUACCUGGUGAUUAUCAUAUCUCGGAAACUAAUAGAGACACUCAACUGCAGCAUCAGUUUCCCAGUGUACUUUAAGUGCAAUCCCAAGUUUCGAUCUCUGACAUUUGAAUGGUCGAAGAAACAUUGAUUGCAGAUAUUACAAAUAGACAUUUUUUAAUGAUUUUUUUUUUUUUUUACUUUUACUAGCGACCCCCAAAAGGGGAAAAGACGCUAUUAGUUUUGUGUGAAAUGUCUGUCCGUCUGUCCUUCCGUCUCGUUUAGAUUUCGUAAACUAGAAUAGAUAGU